AUGGGCACCUCCAUUUUCACAAGUCUCCUCAUUAUUCUCCUGACUGGGGGCUCCCCAGCAGGAUGUGCUGAUGACAGAGUCUCCUCAUCUCAUGACAUGGCUGGAAGCACAAAAAACCCUGUGCUGUUGAACAAUACAGCGGACAUCAAAGCCUUCACCAGUGCUGUGGAGGUGGCAGUCGUUGGAUUCUUCCAGGACCUGGAGAGCGCUGAAGUGUCUGAGUUUCGGCAGGCGGCUGACGUGAUCCCCGAAGUGCCCUUCGGCCUCAGCACCAGCCCAUCAUCGUGGUCCCACUACAACACCACGGCAGGCACCCUUGUGCUCUUCCGCAGGGCAGAUGGUGACCAGAGGUAUCUGCAUAACGUAGACGGAGAAGAAAUCAAGGCUGAGACGAUGAUUCGUUUCGUUCGGAUAAACGAGCUCCGGCCGGUGACUGAGUACAACCCUAUGACAGCAGUUGGUCUGAUGCACAGUUCGGUCCAGUUGCACCUCCUCCUGAUCACAGACAAGAGAUCCUCAGAACAUCCUGAACGCAUGCACAGAUUUCGUGAGGCAGCAGAGCUCUUCCAAGGGAAGAUUCUCUUUAUCCUGCUAGACAGCAAUGUGAAAGGCAAUGAAAAAGUGAUAUCAUUCUUCAAACUGAAGAAGUCCCAGCUGCCAGCUCUGGCUAUAUACCGCUCAGAAGAUGAGGAGCAAGACGUGUUGCUUCUGGAUGAAGUCUCUGUUGAUCGUAUUCAGGGCUUCUGUAAUGUUUUCUUACAAAGAAAGCAGAAGAAAAAAGAUGAACCAGAUGAACCAGCGGAGAAGGCCGUCAAUGAGGAACUCUGAUUCCCUUCUCAGCCUAUAGGAUGACU